AAUGUGAUUCCACAGCAGCUGCUGGACCAGUACCUUUCCAUGACGGACCCGGCACGAGCCCAGACGGUGGACACAGAGAUUGCCAAGCACUGUGCGUUCAGCCUGCCCGGCGUAGCCCUCACCCUGGGCCAACAGAACUGGCACUGCCUCAAGGACACCUACGAGACCCUCGCCACCGACGUACAGGUGUGUACUUUUUUGGGGCACUCACAAAUCUUUUAUUUUGAGCUAUACAGGUGGGGCCCUGACCUGGGUUGUGUUCAUUAGGCACCAAAACGGACUGAAACAAGGAGGGACAAUUUGUUAUUGUUCAAUAAGAAACAAUCAUUUUCAUUUUCUGUUGCGAAACGGUUUUUACAAGUUUUCAGUUGUGUGCCCUAAUGAACAUGACCCAGGAAACUUGGGGUUCUAAAGGCGCUGACACAGCAGACGGGGUGGCCCAUUCAUAUUCAAUGAAGCCUAUGCGGGGGGGGGGGCAAUUAUAUCCAGGCAGAGCGGUUAGCGGUGCUCGUGCCUGUGGAAACCACUCAGCCAAUGGUGAGAAAAUAGGAUUCUGCUCUAUUUUUCAAGCGGUGCCUUCGUUAUUGAACAAUCACAGUAGAAAACGUAGCCUGCAUGAUGAUACGUCAGCACGUACCUGUACUUCCAACAGCAGCACCAGCAAACCUGCCCACUAGCUAGCUAGCUAACACAAUAAGUUUACAGAGUCAUGUUUAACAAUAAAAAAUCAUUGUUUUCUAAUCCAUUUUUUCAUUAAUAGUUUGUGUUCCAUGUAAAUACGUUUUUAUGCAUGCUUAUGGUAGGGUGUUAGGUGACUCAACAAACAAUGGAUGCUAUGCGAGAAUUCUACGACAAACAGCAGUGAUCAAAUCAAUUUUCACUAAAUGUCAAUAAUGUGGUCUCAAAAUACAUAAAUCAUUUGAAAACAUGAAUGUGGAAGUUGUUAACCACGUCUUAAAAUCCCAGUACUGUACGUUAUGAUAUUUACGCAAUAUGAGCCGAAAUGUAAAGCAAGUGCCGAGCUAAGAACGUUCAAUUCUGUGGGACAUCCUUUUUUAUGAAACCCGCAAAAUCGGUGUAUUCAUAUUUGCUCUUUACGAUUUGGUAUUCCUCAAUCUACCAGAGUAAGAGUGAUGUGACAUUGUAUUGCCAACAAGUAGGGAAAGUCCUGAGGGUGUUUUACAGUCAUCAGAUGUCCUUGGACUGAAACAAGGUAAACCAUUUUUUCCUUUCUAUCAAUCAGAUGUUUUCAGAGACACGAAGAAAACAUAGCAGGUUGCAAAGUACAGCUUCGUAGCUUCAUUUUGUAUGGGUUGUCAGGGAUUGGUCCAAAUUCACGUCGCCACCCGUUUUCAUGACGAGAUGCUAGCUAGCUGUGUGAGGGAUUGUUUGUUGCCUUGACGCCAUUGGCUGAGGUAACGCUCUGGGCGAGAGGUAGCGUUGCUCUGCGGUGGCUGUAUUGUGCCAACGGCAAUUUUGUGAUUGUUUUUAUUAUUUCAAGUGUAAACCACCAGAAUUCAGUGCCCUACAAUUGAGAAGAACAUAGCUAAAUACCAAUUAAUUGAAAAAGUGUCCCAUCUAUCUUGCUGUGCAGGUGGCUAGCAGGCAGCUCACUCUAUUCUCAGUCUUGGCUAAUUAUUUGCUGGAAAUGGUGCAGUUUAUCCUCCCAUCACUAGAAUAUUUUACAUUUUAGUCAUUUAGCAGACGCUCUUAUCCAGAGCGAUUUACAGGAGCAAUUAGGGUUAAGUGCCUUGCUUAAGGGCACAUCGACAGAUUUUUCACCUAGUCGGCUCGGAGAUUAGAACCAGCGACCUUUCGGUUACUGGCACAACGCUCUUACCCACUACGCUACCUGCCACACCAAACUUCACAUUACAAUGUAACCCAACUCAAGUGUAGGCCAACAUUAGAAGUAAGCUAUGUUAUUAUUCUAGUAGUGUAGCCUUCUGUGUUACAGUUCAGACUUAGUGAGAAGUGUGUGUCUGUGUAUUCUACAUAUUCUAUCAACAUACUGUCCAUAAUGUCUAUACAGUGGGGAGAACAAGUAUUUGAUACACUGCCGAUUUUGCAGGUUUUCCUACUUACAAGCAUGUAGAGGUCUGUAAUUUUUAUCAUAGGUACACUUCAACUGUGAGAGACUGAAUCUAAAACAAAAAUCCAGAAAAUCACAUUGUAUGAUUUGUAAGUAAUUAAUUUGCAUUAUUGCAUGACAUAAGUAUUUGAUACAUCAGAAAAGCAAAACUUAAUAUUUGGUACAGAAACCUUUGUUUGCAAUUACAGAGAUCAUACGUUUCCUGUAGGUCUUGACCAGGUUUGCACACACUGCAGCAGGGAUUUUGGCCCACUCCUCCAUACAGACCUUCAGAUCCUUCAGGUUUUGGGGCUGUCGCUGGGCAAUACGGACUUUCAGCUCCCUCCAAAGAUUUUCUAUUGGGUUCAGGUCUGGAGACUGGCUAGGCCACUCCAGGACCUUGAGAUGCUUCUUACGGAGCCACUCCUUAGUUGCCUUGGCUGUGUGUUUCGGGUUGUUGUCAUGCUGGAAGACCCAGCCACGACCCAUCUUCAAUGCUCUUACUGAGGGAAGGAGGUUGUUGGCCAAGAUCUCGCGAUACAUGGCCCCAUCCAUCCUCCCCUCAAUACGGUGCAGUCGUCCUGUCCCCUUUGCAGAAAAGCAUCCCCAAAGAAUGAUGUUCCCACCUCCAUGCUUCACGGUUGGGAUGGUGUUCUUGGGGUUGUACUCAUCCUUCUUCUUCCUCCAAACACGGCGAGUGGAGUUUAGACCAAAAAGCUCAAUUUUUGUCUCAUCAGACCACAUGACUUUCUCCCAUUCCUCCUCUGGAUCAUCCAGAUGGUCAUUGGCAAACUUCAGACGGGCCUGGACAUGCGCUGGCUUGAGCAGGGGGACCUUGCGUGCGCUGCAGGAUUUUAAUCCAUGACGGCGUAGUGUGUUACUAAUGGUUUUCUUUGAGAAUGUGGUCCCAGCUCUCUUCAGGUCAUUGACCAGGUCCUGCUGUGUAGUUAUGGGCUGAUCCCUCACCUUCCUCAUGAUCAUUGAUGCCCCACAAGGUGAGAUCUUGCAUGGAGCCCCAGACCGAGGGUGAUUGACCGUCAUCUUGAACUUCUUCCAUGUUCUAAUAAUUGCGCCAACAGUUGUUGCCAACUCACCAAGCUGCUUGCCUAUUGUACUGUAGCCCAUCCCAGCCUUGUGCAGGACUACAAUUUUAUCCCUGAUGUCCUUACACAGCUCACUGGUCUUGGCCAUUGUGGAGAGGUUGGAGUCUGUUUGAUUGAGUGUGUGGACAGGUGUCUUUUAUACAGGUAACGAGUUCAAACAGGUGCAGUUAAUACAGGUAAUGAGUGGAGAACAGGAGGGCUUCUUAAAGAAAAACUAACAGGUCUGUGAGAGCCGGAAUUCUUACUGGUUGGUAGGUGAUCAAAUACUUAUGUCAUGCAAUAAAAUGCAAAUUAAUUACUUAAAAAUCAUACAAUGUGAUUUUCUGGAUUUUUGUUUUAGAUUCCGUCUCUCACAGUUGAAGUGUACCUAUGAUAAAAAAUUACAGACCUCUACAUGCUUUGUAAGUAGGAAAACCUGCAAAAUUGCCAGUGUAUCAAAUACUUGUUCACCCCACUGUACAUCCCAUAUACGAAGUCGGAAGUUUACAUACACCUUAGCCAAAUACAUUUAAACUCAGUUUUUCACAAUUCCUGACAUUUAAUCCUAGUAAAAAUCCCCUGUCUUAGGUCAGUUAGGAUCACCACUUUAUUUUAAGAAUGUGAAAUGUCAGAAUAAUAGUAGAGAGUAUGAUUUAUUUAAGCUUUUAUUUAUUUAAUCACAUUCCCAGUGGGUCAGAAGUUUACAUACACUCAAUUAUUAUUUGGUAGCAUUGCCUUUAAAUUGUUUCACUUGGGUCAAACGUUUCAGGUAGCCUUCCACAAGCUUCCCACAAUAAGUUGGGUGAAUUUUGGCCCUUCCUCCUGACAGAGCUGGUGUAACUGAGUCAGGUUUGUAGGCCUCCUUGCUCGCACACACUUUUUCAGUUCUGCCCACAAAUGUUCUAUAGGAUUGAGGUCAGGCCUUUGUGAUGGCCACUCCAAUACCUUGACUUUGCUGUCCUUAAGCCAUUUUGCCACAAUUUUGGAAGUAUGCUUGGGAUUAUUGUCCAUUUGGAAGACCCAUUUGCGACCAAGCUUUAACUUCCUGACUGAUGUCUUGAGAUGUUGCUUCAAUAUAUCCACAUAAUUUUCCUUCCUCAUGAUGCCAUCUAUUUUGUGAAGUGCACCAGUCCCUCCUGCAGCAAAGCACCCCCACAGCAUGAUGCUGCCACCCCUGUGUUUCACGGUUUGGAUGGUGUUCUUCGGCUUGCAAGUGCUCCCUUUUUCCUCCAAACAUAACGAUGGUCAUUAUGGCCAAACAGUUCUAUUUUUGUUUCAUCAGACCAGAGGACAUUUCUCCAAAAAGUACGAUAUUUGUCCCCAUGUGCAGUUUAUUUGUCCCCAUGUGCAGUUGCAAACCGUAGUCUGGCUUUUUUAUGGCGGUUUUGGAGCAGUGGCUUCAUCCUUGCUGAGCGGCCUUUCAGGUUAUGUCGAUAUAGGACUCGUUUUACUGUGGAUAUAGAUACUUUUGUACCUGUUUCCUCCAGCAUCUUCACAAGGUCCUUUGCUGUUGUUCUGGGAUUGAUUUGCACUUUUCGCACCAAAGUACGUUCAUCUCUAGGAAGCAGAACACGUCGCCUUCCUGAGCGGUAUGACUGCUGCGUGGUCCCAUGGUGUUUAUACUUGCGUACUAUUGUUUGUACAGAUGAACGUGGUACCUUCAGGCGUUUGGAAAUUGCUCCCAAGGUUGAACCAGACGUGUGGAGGUCUACCAUUUUUUUCUGAGGUCUUGGCAGAUUUCUUUUGAUUUUCCCAUGAUGUCAAGCAAAGAGGCACUGAGUUUGAAGGUAGGCCUUGAAAUACAUCCACAGGUACACCUCCAAUUGACUCAAAUUAUGUCAAUUAGCCUAUCAGAAGCUUUUAAAGCCAUGACAUAAUUUUCUGGAAUUUUCCAAGCUGUUUAAAGGCACAGUCAACUUAGUGUAUGUAAACGUCUGACCCACUGGAAUUGUGAAACAGUGAAUUAUAAGUGAAAUAAUCUGUCUGUAAACAAUUGUUGGAAAAAUUACUUGUGUCAUGCACAAAGUAUAUGUCCUAACCGACUUGCCAAAACGAUAGUUUGUUAACAAGAAAUUUGUGGAGUGGUUGAGAAACAAGUUUUAAUGACUACAACCUAAGUGUAUGUAAACUUCCGACUUCAACUGUAUAGUCCAUUCGGAAAGUAUUCAGACCCCUUGACUUUUUCCAGAUUUUGUUACGUUACAGCCUUAUUCUAAAAUUGAUUAAAUAAAUAAAAAUCCUUAUCAAUCUACACACAAUACCCCAUAAUGACAAAGCAAACACAAGUCUUUUAGAAAUGUUUGCAAAUGUAUUAAAAAUAUAAAGCGGAAAUAUCACAUUUACAUAAGUAUUCAGACCCUUUACUCAGUACUUUGUUGAAGCACCUUUGGCAGCGAUUACAGCCUUGAGUCUUCUUGGGUAUGACGCUACAAGCUUGGCACACCUGUAUUUUGGGAGUUUCUCCCAUUAAUCUCUGCAGAUCCUCUCAAGUUCUGUCAGGUUGAAUGGGGAGCGUCGCUGCACAGCUAUUUUCAGGUCUCUCCAGAGAUGUUUGAUCGGGUUCAAGUCCGGGCUCUGGCUGGGCCACUCAAGGACAUUCAGAGACUUGUCCCAAAGCCAAUCCUGUGUUGGAUGGUUCUGUGUUCAUGGUCUGAGAGUCUUUAGGUGCCUUUUGGCAAACUCCAAGCGGGCUGUCAUGUGCCUUUUACUGAGGAGUGGCUUCAGUCUGGCCACUCUACCAUAAAGGCCUGAUUGGUGGAGUGCUGCAGAAAUGGUUGUCCUUCUGGAAGGUUCUCCCAUCUCCACAGAGGAACUCUAGAGCUCUAUUAGAGUGACCAUCGGGUUCUUGGACACCUCCCUGACCAAGGCCCUUCUCCCCCGGUUUCUCAGUUUGGCCAGGAGAACAGCUCUAGGAAGAGUCUUGGUGGUUCCAAACUUCUUCCAUUUAAGAAUGAUGGAGGCCACUGUGUUCUUGGGGACCUUAAAUGCUGCAGAAAUGUGUUGGUACCCUUCCCCAGAUCUGUGCCUCGACACGAUCCUGUCUCGGAGCUCUACAGACAAUUCCUUCGACCUCAUGGCUUUGUUUUUGCUCUGACAUGCACUGUCAACUGUGGGACCUUAUAUAGACAGGUGUGUGUGCCUUUCCAAAUGAAUUUACCACAGGUGGACUCCAAUCAAGUUGUAGAAACAUCUCAAGGAUGAUCAAUGGAAACAGGAUGCACAUGAUCUCAAUUUCGAGUUUUACAGCAAAGGGUCUGGAUACUUAUGUAAAUAAGGUAUUUCUGUUUUUUAUUUGUAAUACAUUUGCAAAAAUUGAUAAAAAACCAGUUUUCCCUUUGUCACUAUGGGGUAUUGUGUGUAGAUUGAGAUAAAAAAAAUAAUAUAUAUAUAUAUAUAUAUAUAUAUAUAUAUAUAUAUAUAUAUAUAUAUAUAUAUAUAUAUAUAUAUAUAUUAGAAUAGGGCUGUAAUGUAAGAAAAUUUGGAAAAGGUCAAGGGCUCUGAAUUCUUUCCGAAUGCACUGUAUGCAGAUAUUACAGCAACAUCACAUUAAGUGUCAUAGGCAGCAUUGCAAACUGUAGUAUUCCAAGCCCAUUUGAGAGCGAGAGAGCGAGAGAGAGCGAGAGAGAGAUAAUUGACUAUUUAAAAUGUGAUACAUUGUUUGAUUGUUUAUAAUUUUUAUUCUAAUCAUAAUAAAUUAUAUAUUUCCCAUUGAAUGAAUGGGACCUUUUUUUUAUAACCCCCUAUAGUUCAUUGACGCAAUCCACUGCAUCCGCCAAUGUCGCACUUCCGCAUCUGUGGUGAAAGGUGGCAGAGCUAGGGCGGUGAUUGUCAGAUGAUGACAAUUCCAGGUGAAGCUGGUUGAGAGAAUGCCAAGAGUGUGCAAAGCUGUCAUCAAGGCAAAGGGUGGCUAUUUUGAAGAAUCUAAAAUAUAUUUGGAUUUGUUUAACACUUUUUUUGGGUUACUACAUGAUUCCAUAUGUGUUAUUUCAUAGUUCUGAUGUCCUCACUAUUAUUCUACAAUGUAGAAAAUAGUAAAAAUAAAGAAAACCCUUGAGUAGGUGUCCAAACUUUUGACUGGUAUUGUAUGUGUAAAAAAAUAACAUAUUUCCUUCGCUUUCUUAUAUCUCCUAGAUAUAGGACAGACACUUCAAAACCUUGUUUCUUAUGAUGAAUUUUUUAGUGUCUUUUUUGCCAUUUAUGUGUUAUUCAAUGCGUUUCUCUGGGCUAUGGUAGUAAUGGCCAAAUUCAAUAAUUUGACUUUUUUAUAUAUAUUGUUUUGAUACCUAAGGGGGUCCAAAAAUUCCAAAUCAAUAGCUAAAUGAUCCAUAGUAUGACCGUCUUAAAACAAUUCCGUAUGUCGGCUUAGAAGCCACCCCCCCCCCAAAAGCUUAGACUAACAAGGGUUAAAUAUUCAUUAUUUGCUAUUGCUUUUUAAAAAUGUUGCAACCUCCCAGUUCUGCAUAAAACAUCAAAUAUGUUAACAAUAUGACCACCUUACAUUAAAUGAUUGAAAUUACAUACAUACUAAUUAGCAUAUUAAGUACCUCAUUUGCAUAGAGCCAUAUUAAAAAGUUGCAUUCUAUUUUCGUAUUUAAAAAAAAAUUGUAACAAACUUUCAGUUUUACAUAAAGCAUAAGGAUUUGUUAAUAAUUUCACCCUACCUUAUAUUAUUGGUUUUAAGGUACUGUAAUUAUGUAUUCUCUACUGCCUCAUUUACAUAUUAAGUUCAACAUUUGCAUAAUAUUGCAUUUUUAUGUCAUACAUUUUACUUUUAUUUGAAAUAACUCUGUAUUCUGCAUCAGCCCUGAAAAUGUCAUAACAAUAUGACAACCCUCUCUUGAGAUAUUGGGGAAAAAACGUGUUGAAAUUAAGAAUCCAGACAGGUUAUUUGGUGACCUUUUUGACUAGGGAUUAACAAUGACCAGUCCACAACCUUUGACCUUUUCCGAUCACUUGAAAAUAUGAUAUCUCAGCAAUGGUACAUCCUUUCCUCAUGAAAUAAAGCGUUCUGUGUUCCUGAUAAGUUUUUAUAUAACAUGGAAUACAACGUAUGCACCAGAACCACAGUUUCAUUUUGACCCCUAACACCCUGUUAAAGCUAUAAUUUUUUCGCACGUCGAUAAUGUUUGUUUAUUUCGUUGCUAUGGUCACCGGCGGCUGUCUCGUAGACUAGGCUGUCGCCCAAUGGUGUGUGAAGGCAAUAGCCACUUUGACUAGAGGGACAAGUGGUGUACUCUGCGGGGUUCUCAGUGAUAUUCUGCUGGCAGUCUGAAAAUCGGUUUAAUGGUAACUGCUAGGUUUCCAACUAAAAUAUAUACAGCUUUUUAAAAGAUUUUAUCAGACUGUGAGGUGUGAAAGUGAACAACACACCAUGUGUUGACAUAAUCUCAUCAUUAGAGAUUGAGGCGCUGAUACCCGUCAGAAAACCACCGUUAGAUUUGUGUUGCAAAUCCUACAGUAUGUACGUUGCUAUGCAAAUGACCAGUCCAGUGACUGCUUGUUAACAGCGCUCAUGACGUAAUAUGGAGUUAUUAGUUUGCAACCAAAAUCAAUACAGCUUAUCUUUUUCACUUAAAGCUUAGCUUCAGUUACUUUUGUGAAGAAUAGUGGAUUGUUAGAGAUUCAUUAUUCAAUGAGUGGUAUUGCAGCUUGGCUGAGGCAGGGAGUGGCUGUGUUAGCCUGUGUAGUCGUUGACCGAGGCAUAUCAGCCAUUUCCUCAUGAGUUUUAACUCCCCAACAUGUGGAAAAGUCUUGUUUUGGUGUAGAGCCAAGCUAACCUUCUGGCUUUAUAUUCAUUACCGCUACAGUGGAAGGUGCGCCGUACGCUGGCGUUCUCCAUCCACGAGCUGGCGGUGAUCCUGGGAGACCAGCUGACGGCGGCCGACCUGGUGCCCAUCUUCAACGGCUUCCUCAAGGACCUUGACGAGGUGCGCAUCGGCGUGCUCAAACACCUCUAUGACUUCCUUAAGGUGAGACCACCAUACAUGUAACAAGUAAACUGUGAAGCGAUUCUAAAUCGUCUAUCUACAUAUUAGAACAAUUAUGUUUGGUCCACCUGCUGUGCUGUUUUACUAGCCUGGUCCUAGAUCUGUUUGUGCUCUUGCCAACACCAUUGCUCAUUGUCAAGCCAAACAUUGACAAUUAGUGACAAGGAGUUGGUAUGAUACCACAAAUAGACUAACUUUUUGCUGCCACAUGGUAAAUCUAGGUUGGAUUUUAUACUGAACAAAAAUAUAAACGCAACAUGGAACAAUUCCAAACAUUUUACUGAGUUACAGUAAUCUAUGGAUUUCACAUGAGUGGAAAUACAGAUAUGCAUCUGUUUGUCACAGAUACUGUGAAAAAAAAGUAGGGGCGUGACCACAUUUGCCUCAUGCAGUGCGACACAUCUCCUUCGCAUAGAGUUGAUCAGGCUGUUGACUGUGGCCUGUGGAAUGUUGUCCCAUAAAGUUGCUGGAUAUUGGCGGGAACUGGAACACGCUGUCGUACAUGUUGAUCCAGAGCAUCCCAAACAUGCUCAAUGAGUGACAUGUCUGGUAAGUAUGCAGGCCAUGGAAGAACUGGGACAUUUUGGAGGCGGCUUAUGGUAGAGAAAUUAACAUUCAGUUAUCUGGCAACAGCUCUGGUCGACAUUCCUACAGUCAGCAUGCCAAUUGCACACUCCCUCAAAACUUGAUACAUCUGUGGCAUUGUGUUGUGUGACAACUGCACAUUUUAAAGUGGUGUUGUACCCAGCAUAAGGUGCACCUGUGUAAUGAUCAUGCUGUUUAAUCAGCUUCUUGAUAUGCCACACCUGUCAAGUGGAUGGAUUAUCUUGGCAAAGGAGAAAUUCUCACUAACAGGGAUGUAAACACAUUUGUGCACAGAAUUUGAGAGAAAUAAGAUUUGUGUGCAUAUGGAACAUUUCUGAGAAAUUGUAUUUCAGCUCAUGAAACAUGGGACCUACAAUUUACAUGUUGCGUUUUAUAUUUUUGUUCAGUGUAGAUUUAGAUGGCUAUCUGAUGCACUGCAUGAUAGUCACCUAUUACGUGAGGCAUUUGUAGAAUGCUGCCUGACUUGACCUGUGUACUGGGUUUAUAUGGUUGUCACAGAACAGAUUGUCUUUCACAAUAACAAUGUGGUUAGUCUAGAGGUGGAGAGGCAUUUGUAUUUGUGUCUUUUCACUCUUAUUCAGGUUGCCUCCACUUCUUUUGAUACAUAUAUAUGCCUUUUGUCACUAAUAAAAGAGAAUGUGUUGUCCAGGGGUUUUGUAACGAUGAAUAAUGCUUACUUUGGUGAAACAUUAUAACUUGGAUCUGUGGUAUUUCAGCUUUCUGUAUCUUCUGUCUUGUCUGUGGCAGUUGCUCCAUGCCGAGAAGAGGAGAGAGUACCUGUACCAGCUGCAGGAGUUCAUGGUGACCGACAACAGCCGCAACUGGAGGUUUAGAUACGAGCUGGCCGAGUAAGUCUCCCAUUCAUUUAGAUCAGGGCCAAUCUUUGUAGUUCGUUUAGGAUUGAGUCCUCCAUAUUUCUCCCAAGAGGGCCCACUUGCCACAAGUCUCUGAUGGCAUGCACCAUUUUAGUAGUCAACUUGCAUGGGACUUCCAAUGGCUUAGGGAGGGAUCACAGAGUUCCAUCCAGCCGCGUCCUCAGAGCAUGCACAGACCAGCUGGCAGGUGUGUGUUUGGACAUAUUCAAUCUCUCCCUAUCCCGGUCUGUCAUCCCCACUUGCUUCAAGAUGUCCACCAUUAUUCUGGUACCCAAGCAAGCAAAGGUAACUGAACUAAAUGACUAUCGCCCCGUAGUACGCACUACUAAUGUCAUCAUGAAGUGUUUUUAGAGGCUAAUUAAGGACCAUAUCACCUCCACCUUACCCGACACCCUCGACCCACUACAAUUCGCAUACCGCCCCAACAGUUCCACGGAUGACGCAAUAGCCACUGCACUGCACACUGCCCUAUCCCACCUGGAUAAGUGAAAUGCCUAUGUGAGAAUGCUGUUCAUCGACUACAGUUAGGCUUUCAACACCAUGCUGCCCCCCAAGCUCAUCACUAAGCUCAGGGCCCUGGGACUGAACCCCUCUCUGUGCAACUGGGUCCUAGACUUCCUGACGGGUCGCCCCUAGGCAGUGAGGGUAGGCAACAACAUAUCCGCCCCACGCUGAUCCUCAACACAAGGGCCCCCCCAGGGAUGUGUGCUAAGCCCUCUUUUGUAAGCCCUGUUCAACCAUGACUGUGUGGCUACGCACGACUCCAACUCUUGCUGAUGACACAACAGUGUUAGGCCUGAUCACCAACAACGACAAGACAGCCUACAGGAGGUAAGUGCCCUAGCUGAGUGGUGCCGGGGAAAUAACCUCACCCUCAACGUCAACAAAAGCUGAUCGUGGAUUACAGGAGACAGCAGAGUGAGCACGCCCCCAUCCACAUCGACGGGGCAGCAGUGGAGGGUGUUACUUUCCCCAGCAAGAAAAUAAAUGUUGCUUAAACAGAAGGGGGAACUAACAGAGUCACUGACAACAACCAAAACAAAACAGGUGGGGAUUUAGGAGGGGUUCUGAAAGACACUCAUGGGGGUGUCCACUGAUAGUUGACUAGCAACAACAACUGGAACCUAAAAGACACCCACUAUGAGUGCCCACCGAAUUUUCCCAAGAAGUGGCAAUCAAAAGAAAAACCAAACGUAGACUGGAAGUAAACCAAAAAGGUGGAGCAGAACGAAAUCAGGGAAAUCAGAUAAAGGAAUGUUUUUCUAGAAAUCUAAAUAGGGAGCGCCAACUAAAGGUGUUGACGCAUCUAAACUAUACAGUGCAUUCGGAAAGUAUUGAAACCCCUUGACUUUUCACUCAUUUUGUUAUGUUACAGCCUUAUUCUGAAAUGGAUUCAAGGAUGAUCAAUAAUUUUUUUCCCUCAUCAAUCUACACACAAUACUCCAUAAUGACAAAGCAAAAACAGGUUUUUAGAAAUGUUUGCAAAUGUAUUAAAAAUAAAAAACAGAAAUACCUUCGCUACAUAAGUAUUCAGACCCUUUGCUAUGAGACUCGAAAUUGAGUUCAGGUGCAUCCUGUUUCUAUUGAUCAUCCUUGAUGUUUCUACAACUUGAUUGGGGGCCACCUGUGGUAAAUUCAAUUGAUUGGACAUGAUUUGGAAAGGCACACACCUGUCUAUAUAAGGUCCCACAGUUGACAGUGUAUGUCAGAGCAAAAACCAAACCAUGAGGUCAAAUGAAUUGUCCGUAGACCUCCGGGACAGGAUUGUGUCGAGGCACAGAUCUGGAGAAGGGUACCAAAACAUUUCUGCAGCAUUGAAGGUCCCCAAGAACACGGUGGCUUCCAUUCUUAAAUGGAAGAAGUUUGGAACCAACAAGACCCUAGAGCUGGCCGCCCGGCCAAACUGAACAAUCGGGGGAGAAGGGCCUUGGUCAGGAAGGUGAGUAAGAACCCGAUGGUCACUCUGGCAGAGCUCCAGAGUUCCUCUGUGGAGAUGGGAGAACCUUCCAAGGACAACCAUCUCUGCAGCACUCCACCAAUCAGGCCUUUAUGGUAGAGUGGCCAGACAGAAGCCACUCCUCAGUAAAAGACACAUGAUAGCCAGCUUGGAGUUUGCCAAAAGGCACCUAAAGGAUUCUCAGACAAUGGGGAAAAAAAAGAUUAUCUUGUCUGAUAAAACCAAGAUUGAACUCUUUGGCCUGAAUGCCAAGCGUCAUGUCUGGAGGAAACCUGGUACCAUCCCUACGGUGAAGCGUGGUGGUGGCAACAUCAUUCUGUGGGGAUGUUUUUCAUCGGCAGGGACUGGGAGACUAGUCAGGAUCGAGGGAAAGAUGAAUGGGGCAAAGUACAGAGAGAUCCUUGAUGAAAACCUGCUCCAUAGCGCUCAGGACCUCAGACUGGGCCGAAGGUUCACUUUCCAACAGGACAACGACCCUAAGCACACAGCCAAGACAACGCAGGAGUGGCUUCGGGACAAGUCUCUGAAUGUCCUUGAGUGGCCCGGACUUGAACCCAAUUAAACAUCUCUGGACAGACCUGACAAUAGCUGUGCAGCGACGCUCCCCAUCCAACCUGACAGAGCUUGAGAGGAUCUGCAGAGAAGAAUGGGAAAAACUCCCCAAAUACAGGUGUCCCAAGCUUGUAGCGUCAUACCCAAGAAGACUUGAGGCUGUAAUCGAUGACAAAGGUGCUUCAACAAAGUACUGAGUAAAGGGUCGGAAUACUUAUGUAAAUGUGAUAUUUCAGUUUUUUGCACAAAUUUCUCUACCUGUUUUUGCUGUGUCAUUAUGGGGUAUUGUGUGUAGAUUGAGUAUUUUUUAUUUUUUUAUCCAUUUUUAGAAUAAGGCUGUAACGUAACAAAAUGUGUAAAAAGUCAAGGGGUCUGAAUACUUUCCGAAUGCACUGUAAAUCCACUUUGACAUUAUGGGGUAUUGUGUGCCAGUGACCGAAAAUCUCAAUUGAAUCAAUUUUAAAUUCAGGUUGUAAGACAGCAAAUUGUGGAAAAAGUCAAGGGGUUUGAAUACUUUCUGAAGGCAUUGAACACUGGUCAUUUUAACAAUGUUUACAUACUGUUUUACCCACUUUGUAUGUAUAUACUGUAUGGCUCAUCCUAUAUAACUACUGCUGUACACACCUUUUCUAUUAAUAUACUGCCCAUACUGUCUAUACACACCAUUUAUAUAUAUAUUCUGACAUUUCUGAUAUGUCUUGGUUUUAAGUUUGGAUUGUUAUAGUAUUGCUAGAUAUUACUGCACUGUUGGAGUUAGAAACCUAAGCAGUUAGCUGCACCUGCGACAACAUCUGCAAAUCUGUGUACGCGACCAAUAAAUGUUGAUUUGAUUUGAUUUUAAUCAGCCAAUGAAUUAUACUCCUUAGCAGCACGGCGUAUGGCAGUAAAUCACUAACAUUGGCUUUAGGCCCAUAAAAAAAAAUCUGAAAACGGACUACUUUAAAAUGGAGACAGCCCUCCAUUGUGCCUGCCUGGUCCCAUAUCGGUUAGUACUCUUGCCCACUCCAUUGCACAUUGUCAAGCCAAACAUGACAAUGAAUGAGUGACAAGGACUUGGCAUGAUAGCACAGACAGACAGGUACCCUGGCGCUGUUCAUGCUGUCACAAAAGCAGUCAAUGGAAAAGAUAGGAGGUGCGCCAUCUAGGUUUUAUAACUUUGUGCUCCCAAUGCAUAUAGCAAUAUUGUUGGGCCUCUUUUGUGGAAUGAAGACCUCAGGAAAACAGAUAUUUUUAGGAUGACCCAUAUACAUUAGAGCCAGUGUGUGUUGAACAGAAUGUCUCCGUGUGUGUCCACAGGCAGCUUAUCCUGAUCAUAGAGUUGUACAGCCACUACGAUGUGUAUGACUACCUCAGACAAAUAGCACUGACCCUCUGCUCAGACAAAGUGUCGGAAGUUCGGUGGAUCUCUUACAAGCUGGUAGGCAUGCCGUUUGUACUUGUGUUAUUGAAAAUGUAACUGUGUUGUUGAAUGAUCAUGAUCUUUCUUUCUUUUUUUUAUUGAACAACUUAAAGUAGUCAUUGUGCUGAAUGAUAGGAGCUGUGAGUAUGUCUGUAUUGUGUCAAUUUCUGGAAGUAGACAAUUAUUAUCACUGCAUUAAGGUCACUUAAGGUACCUGCCACUAAGGUUAACCCUAAUUGCUCCUGUAAGUCGCUCUGGAUAAGAGCGUCUGCUAAAUGACUUAAAUCUAAAUCUUUAGAAUGGAAAGCAUGGCUUGCGUCCCAAAUGGCACCCUAGUAUUCCCUAUAGACGGGUUAGCUGACGUGUUGUUGUGAUUCUGGAUGGCCAGAUAGCUAGCAACAAUGAGAAGAAGCUGCCAUGUGGGGAAUUGUAGGUGGCUCGUUUCAGUUAGUUUUAUCUUGUUCUUGAUACCAUGCCUUAUUUUGAGGUAUUUUGUCUGAUGUCAUGUCUAUGUUAAUAUGGCCAAAAUUCGCUAGCUAGCUAACCAAUAACUGUAAUGAUCUAUUUGAGAGACAGCAAGUGCUCAUUGUGCAAAUGUAUUUAUGUUUUCAAUAAACAUUGAAGACAAAAUAUAGUUUGCAUGUUGUCAACAAUCUAAGCCAACCCCGUCUGUUUUGCCCCAUAGUUGCGCAUGUGUCGGUUUUGUUGCUAGACAACCAACCCGUCUAUAAUGCCGUACUUUUGACCAGGGCCCAAUAGGCUCUGGUCAAAAGUAGUGUACUGUAUAGGGAAUAAGGUGCCAUUUGGGAUGCAGCCUCUGUCUCAUCUUUGUCUUGUCCAUCCUAGGUGGUGGAGAUCUUACAGAAGAUGUAUGCAUGUGGAGCCCAUGACCUGGGCCUGAACUUCAUCAACGAGCUCAUCGUCCGCUUCUGCCACUGUCCCAAGUGGGUGGGCCGCCAGGCCUUCGCCUUUAUCUGCCAGGUCAGGACAACAUUUUGUUCACGAAAAGUGAAUUUAUGAAAAUAAAUCUGUACAAACACCAUUUCCAAUAGCUGCUGCCUUCAGAAAAUGUUUUUGUUUGAAAUUGCAUCAGCAGUGCUUGCCAUAGCACUAUUCUGAAAGAAGGCAGGUGUGAGGAUUGAAUGGCCAUUGUUGACUGCUGUAGUGUUCAUUAGGCACCAAAUGGAAAGACAACUGACUGCAACAGGGAGGGACUACCUAGAGCAGGGGUGUCCAACCCUGUUCCUGGAGAGCUACCAUCCUGUAGGUUUUCACUCCAACCCCAGUUGUAACUCAACCUGGUUCAGCGUAUCAACCAGCUAAUUAUUAGAAUCAGAUGUGGGAGUGAAUUUACAGGACGGUAGCUCUCCAGGAACAGGGUUGGAGAGCCCUGACCUAUAGUAGUCCAAUAAGAAACUCUAAUAUUGUUUUCCAUUGCAAAAUAGUCAAACAAAUUAUUUAGCGUUCCCUAAUGAAUACGACCCUGCUCUCCAUGUGUCGUCUCCGCUGUGUUCCCCAGGCCAUAGUGGAAGAGGACUGUAUGCCAAUGGACCAGUUUGCCCAGCACCUCCUCCCCAGUCUACUCAGCCUAUCGUCGGACCCAGUCGCCAACGUCCGUGUGCUGGUGGCCAAAGCACUGCGGCAGAGUGUCAUGGAGAAAGGUAAAGACUGGGUGGUGUAGGAUGAAGUUGCCCCUAGACGCUGAUAUGUGGUCAGUUUAGCAUUUUUCCCCACUAAUGGUUUCAGUUAGGACUGGGGGAUGGGGAGCUGAUCCUAGAUCUGUACCUAGGGAAAACUUCACCCCAGAGCAGUCACCCCAGAGCAGACUGGGCCCUCAAUGCACCCAAUAAUAAAAUACAUCUUUAUUUGCCCCCGAGAGGGAAUAUGUCUUGUACAUUUAAAUGCAUUGGCAAUAUAAAAACCGAUAGCACACGUUCAAGCUAUAGCUAGACCAACUCGUAGGUAUAAGCUAAAGACGGCUAAAUUGGACACUGAUGACAGUUAGUGUACUGUAGUUGUAGUACAAUGUCUUUCCCAGUGCAACACGUCUCUCGUGGCGUGUUGUUUUUGCUCCUCCCAAAAUGUGUGAAGCAGUAUGUUCCAUUAUCCAAACGAGCAUACCACUUAGAAUAUUGUUUUCCCUCUCUCUCUUCUGUGGACUAUUUGCUGCCUUCAUUUUGUUGGUCAUGUUUUCCCUCUUUUCCUCAUUGUUCCCCUUUUUAAAUUUUUGUUCUCCAUAUUUCCCAAUUUUCCUACAUUCUUAUAUUCCUUUUUAAUGAUGUAAAGUGUGUUGUGACCAUAGAAAUAUAAUUACUCCCCACUGGUCCACCCAUUAUGGCCUCACUGACUUGAACUGAAUGGGGACACCCGUUCUAUUCAUUCUAUUUCUAUGGUUGUGACCCAUGUAAAAUGCACUUGAAAUAAAUACUCACUUUACUUGGCUCUCUGCAGCGUACUUUAAAGAGCCAGGCAGUGCCUACUCAGAUGAGCUGGAGGAGACUGUGAUGGCCCUGCAGGCGGAUAAGGACCGAGACGUACGCUUCUUUGCCAGCCAGGAUCCCAACAUGGCCCUUAUGGACACUGCUGCCUUAAUCUAG